GUAACAUCCUUCGUCUACAAACCAAAAUGGCGACUACCACGGAUUUAGCACCGUGACAGUUCGACCGAAAUUGUGCAACUCUUCAGUGUUCUCAAAAUAGACCUGAACCGUCUAAAACUACAUGACCUUGCCUGUUUGGAUUUUCAUUUGGAAUUUAAUGAAUUAAUUGUGAAGGUCGCCCCUGCAAUAGUACAGAUGGCACCAGUGUAAAUGUGUAAACUGACCUGGGUUUAUGUAUUUAUUCAUGUUCCAGACCAUGGCCCUUCACAGACUAUCCUUGAGAUUACGACAAACGGUAGCGCAGGUGCGGCCGCUCCAUGGCAGUGGGUGUGGCCAGCAGCAGGAGGCGGUUGGCAUGGAGACGAGACCGGAGACAUUCUCCGUCUUCAGAACACAGGAGAACGACCCGGCCUGUCAGUCAGAACGGCACCUAGGGCAGUACUACACUGUUCCCCCCUCCCACUUCCACACUGUCUUCCCCCAUGGCCUGCCUCCACGAUACCAACAACAGGUGAAGACGUUUAACGAGGGUUGUGUGAUGGUGAGGCAGCCUGCUCUGGAGCUGAUAUCUCACCUGAAGAGAGUUGACUACAGCAAGCCCACCCUGCGCUACCUACUCUAUGGGGUGAAGGGCAGUGGGAAGACCAUGUCUCUCUGUCAUACUGUCCACUACUGCUCCACACAGGGAUGGCUGGUACUACACAUACCAGAUGCCCACCUGUGGGUGAAGAACUGUAAGGAGCUGUUGCCCUCCUCCUACCACGCCUCCCGCUUUGACCAGCCAAUACAGGCCUCCAACUGGCUACGCAACUUCAGAACCACCAAUGAACACUUCCUCUCCAAGAUCAAGUUGAGGCAGCGGUACGUGUGGACUAAGAGAGAGAGCACUGAGGAGGGACGGCCACUAGGGGAGCUGGUGGACAUGGGAGUGUCUCGUGUGAAGAGCAGCAGUGAUGUAGUGGGGGCAGUUCUAAAGGAGCUGAGGCUACAGGCUGGGGGGACAGAGGGGGGCUUCAGGUUGGCUGUGGCUGUUGAUGGAGUCAACGGUCUCUGGGGAAGGACCACGCUCAAGAAGGAGGACAGGAGCCCUGUGGGUCCAGAGGAGUUGACGUUGGUUCAUAACUUGAGGAAGAUGAUCAACAAUGACUGGUGUGGAGGGGCGGUCAUCGCCACGCUGUCUCAGACAGGAUCUCUCUACGCUCCAAGCUCUGCCUACCUGCCCCAGGAGCUGCUGGGAGAGGAGGGCUUUGACAGCAUGGACCCGUUUGUUCCAGUACCAGUCUCCCUCUACAGUGAGAAGGAGUUUGAGAGCUGUUACCUCUACUACCUGGACCGCCACUGGCUACAACACCCACACAGUCAGACAGAGGAAGGGAAGAAAGAACUGAUCUUCCUCAGCAACAGAAACCCUUCUGUACUGGAGAGACUGUGUGCCUUCCUGUAACAUCACACGUGGGCCCACACCCUCCCACUCACACACACCCAUAAUCAUGGACAAACCAUAGAGAUAGAUAGAGGACUCGUCUUUAUAUCUGUGCCUUUACAGCAUCUGUGACAGCAUGGGCAGCGCCAUUGAGGCUACAACCCAUAGGAAUCCCCACUCAGUUGACUACUGGUGGAAGCCUUCGAUGGUGCUGCCCACGCAACAUCAAGGCCACUAGCGGCCUCUAUCAUUCUCUAUGGGACAACCGCCAAUACAGACUCAUAAAUAACUGCAAUGUUAUAAUCCAUGUAUACGUGUGUGUCCCUCCAUAAAUUAUUCUGUUGUGAUGCAUGAUAGUGUGUCUUUUUCAUAAUAAAAAUGUACAUGAAAAACAGUCAGAUCUCUUAUGAGCCAAUAAAGCUAUUCUCUUCAUGGUGAAAAGUUAGUAGUGAUGUUUGUCUUUUGAAUAUAGAGAGUAUCUGACACAAUGUACUUAAUUACAACAAAUUACAACAAACAACUUCUUUUAAAGUCAAUACAUUUUUAUUUGACUAAAUCAAAGGGUUAAAAAGCCUCAAGGCUUUUGAAUACAGUUUAGUGGUAGAUGUAAACGGGUAUGGUCAAGUGAAGUUACUCUGCCUCAUUACUAGUGUCCUCACGAGAGCACCAGACCACAUUUCUGGGACUGUAGAGCAUCAGGGCACCUUCAUCAGUGAGGGUGAGAUGACCUCUAUGUGCAUUGUUGGGCCGGUCGAUGUUACAGUAGACGGGUAUGAGGAUGUUAUGAUGUCCAGAUCACCUCUCGUUCUCUGUAGAGCUCCAGGGUACCUUCGUCAGUGAGGGUGAGAUGACCUUUUAGUGUAUUGUUGCAACGGCCAGUGUUACUUGCCCAAAUGGGAUGGUCCUGUGUAGUGUAGAUGACCAGGUUGCCAUCCUGUUGGAGGAUGAGCCUCUGAGCAUCUUUGUUCUCAGUGUUUGAUGCCCAGACAAGCUGACCCCAACCGUAGAGCUCGGUCUGCAAAGAGAAAAUUAAUUGGCAUACUAACAUGUUAGACAAAGAUUACCUCUGUUCAGGAUGCCUCUGUUCUGUACUGAUUGUUGCAUUCCCAACAUCCACUUAUAAAUGAUUACUUAAAAAAUACAUUAAGUUAUAGGGUGAUAUUUCCCAAAUUAUUUUUCAAUAUUUGUGGAAAGUUCGUCAGCUAAAUAAAAAUAUUAGGGGUGUGCAUCUAUCCCAUUCAAGACUAUUUGAUAUGUAUCUAGAUAUUUGGUCUGCGAUAUGAUACAGGAAUGAUACGUUUUCAUUUGAAACAAUUUGGUGUGAUUUGAUUAGAGAAUGAAUCAAUGUAAAUCGAUGCACUAAGAUUUGUUUCAUUUUCUAUUCUAAAUUCAAAUCUGCAAUUCGUAACAUAUCAAUCGAAAUGUAUGAUGGACAUCCACAAAUGAAUACACACAUUAGGAAAUGUAACAUAUCAGUGGUGACCCGUCAUUCAGAGCAGGUGGGGCUUGCCUGUUUUGCAUGUUAUUUUGGCAUUAAUACGUGUCACAUCAGUUUGCAAACAAUGUUUUUUUAUAUAUAUAUAUAUACAUAAAAAUUUAGUUAAUAAAUCCGCAUACAAA